AUGGUGCAGGAAGACGAUGAUGAAGGGGAUGACGAGGACUCCUUUGUAGAGGCAGCGCCACCCUCUCCGACUUCGCCUAACUCUGACGCAUUGCAAAUUGAUCGUGGUGACAACAUACGCGUGUUUGUUCGAGUCCGACCUCUGAAUGCAAAAGAGGACCUUGCUCAUGUUCGAGAUAGCAUUGUGGUUGACACAGCCUUGGGAGCUGUCCACUUUGCUGAGCCGCCAAGAAGUUUUGCCUUUGACGGUGUUCUCGGAGAGUCUGCUUUGCAGGAAGAUGUCUUCCAACUCUUUGGAACAAAUGUGGCUGAUGCCUGCCUGAGCGGGUACAAUGGAAGCAUCUAUGUCUAUGGUCAGACGGGAAGUGGAAAAACCUAUACUAUGCAGGGCGCCGUUGACUCUGUGCAAUCAAUGCACCACGACGAAAAAAGGGGCCUGAUGUGCCGGAUAUUGGAUUUCAUUUUUGCUGAAAUUAGCCGACGUCAUCACAAGGAUGGAAGUGUUCAGCACACGUGCAAGUGUUCGUACUUGGAGAUCUACAAGGAGCAGAUCACAGACCUCCUUGAACCGAGUUCAAACAAUUUGCAAAUCAGGGAGGACACAAAUCGAGGUGUGUAUGUGGAACGGCUAAGCGAGCAUUCUGUUUGGACUGCUUCGGAUGCGUUCCAUGUCUUGUGGAAGGGCCUGCAUCAAAGACAUGUGGCCGCCACCCAAAUGAACGAGCUGAGCUCAAGGUCACACUCUGUUUUUACUCUGAAGCUUGAAGCAUCAAAUACCACAUCUGGUGGUGUUACAUCCACAAAAGUCUCGAGGCUGAAUCUGAUCGACCUAGCGGGCUCUGAACGGCAGACUUUCGAUCCACUUCAUCCUGCUGUGGAGAGCAUCAGAGUCAAGGAGGCUGGCGCCAUCAAUCGAAGUCUCAGUGCGCUGACCAAUGUCAUUAUGUCAUUAUCACAUCGUAGAAAACCCUUGGCUGCAGGGUAUCGGCAGCCUUUUGUUCGCUACCGCGAUAGCAAGCUCACAUUUUUGCUGCGUGACUCUCUGGGCGGAAACUCCAAGACAGUCAUCGCAGCUUGCAUAAGUCCAUCUGCCUUAUGCUUUGGUGAGACGCUAUCUACCUUGAAAUUUGCAGCCCGUGCGAAGCACAUCCGCUGCACUGCCGUCAUGAAUGAGGAGUAUUCUGGCACAGUGGAGUCUCUCAUGUUGGAGGUGAAGAGCUUGCGGCAACAACUAGACUUGCUAUCAAGUCGUGGGCUUUUGGAAGCUGAGGCAGGAAGUGGAACCCAAUUGCAGACCUCGUUGCAGUCGAGGAGAGCGCUUCGCAAAGGCUCGAUCGAUGUAAAGGAAGCAGCGCUGGAGGCACUUGUGGCGGAAACAUUGCAAGCAGCAUGCUGCAAAGAAGAUUUGCAGUCCUUGCAUGGACCACGACGUGUUCGCAGGCUGCAAAUCCUCCUGGCAGCUGCACUUGAUCGUGAACGUCGAUGUGAACUCCGCCGUCACAAGAUGGACAAGUAUUCACAGUACCUGAACAACACACUCGAGCGGAAAGAGCAAUACUUUGAUGCGCUGCGGGACUACUUCAGCCGACUUGUCGACUAUGCAGCUGGAGAGGCCUGCUAUCUGCCAGAGUUCACAGCCAGACUUGUACUGUUGCGUCAGCAGUUGGCAAAUGCGACAGCAUCAGAUAGUCGGCACAAUGCGGAGAUGUUGGACGGUACAAUAGAGGCGUUCUUGGCUGCAGAAGAGGGCUUGUUCCAAGAUGGUCCGGAAGGCAUGGAAGAGAGUCCAUCUGGCCUCUGUUAUGUAUCCACGCAGAACUUGCUGGAACACGAGUUGUCCACUCGCAGCCGAAGUUACAGCUAUGGAUACUUGCUCGGGGAGGCAGCUCGGCGAAAUGGACGUCGGAGCACAUCGCAUAUGAAGCAGCUUGGUUUGUCGAAUUCUCGCUUGCCAGGUAGCCUGGUGGAUUCGCCGAUAGCUGAGUCUGAUAGAGUUGCUGAGCUGGGUCAAGGAGUUGCAGGACCAUUGGAACAGGAACUGGCAGAACUUCGAGCAGAAAACAAGUCCCGGAGGCAACUCGAAAGCCAUCCGGAGUUGUUUCGCCUUAGCGCAGAGAAUCGCUUGCUUCGAGAACACAUGGCCAUGCUGGUGCAGCAGAAGGCUUCUUCACAUCAGGAGCCAGACUUCUACCAGCACCAGACCCAGAGGCAUGUCGAAGGCAACUACCGAGAUCAGCCAGAAAAGGAGAUGAGUUUAGCUCGCACUACUUCUCGUUUGCUCAGCACCAUGGAGGAUGAAGGCGAGACACAGAAAGGGACAAGUGAAGUUGGAGAAGGCAAGCGUGUCGCCUUGAAGCACUUUCCUGGAAUUGAGGAGGUAACUCACUUGAGCUCCUCCGAUUCUGAGCUCGAUGAUGAACAACCUCAGGGCCAAGGGCAUCGGGAACCAGACCGAGGGCUUCCGGCUGAUGUGACCUCAUUUCUUCCAGCCAUGGCAAGACAGGUUCAAGAGCUCUUCCGAAUCAAAGAUGGGAUGCAGGAUCAGCUGCGUCAGAGGCUUCGUCAAAGAUGCCAAGGAAAAGGCAAUCCUGGCCGCUUCAUUCCAGUUACACCAGAGGCCACCAGUGCAGAAGAGGUUCGAGUCGAGCCACAAGCGCUUUCGGAGGCACUUCAGGGGGCCACAGAGGCCUUGCAGCAUGCGGAGGCGAUGCUCGCCAAAGGCGGCUGUGGAGACCUCUUUGUUGGGAUGGACGAGGGAGUGCUGGGUGACAGUCUUCGACGUUCUGAAGGAAUGGAUGAGAGAGACGUCUUCCUGUCCCUUAUGCGGUCUCUGCCCGGUGAGAGCCAAGCACUCAACCGGGAGGGCUCCUCCUCCCAAUUGUCACAUGGUGCUUUGAGAUCAGGAAUGACCCGUGGCAAGAAAAGAAUUUCAAAUUCCCUACAAAGCUCCAGCUCAAGUGCAGGAGGUGGAUGUUUGCAAAGAAUGAAGUCCACCAUGCAACUGCAUCGGAUCGUAGAAGCGCCCACUCUGCAGGAGAUGGCUGAAGCAAGUCCACAGAGCAGAGGUUCUGACAGGCCAGUUGAGCCAGUUGAGCAAGACACAAGAUCAUGUUCAUCCAGCGAGAACCUGCAGCUUACAAUUCAGCAGGUUCAAAGCUUGAGCAAGCAACUGGAGAACAUUGGGGAAAUGUACAAGGAUGUCAAGGGCCAGUUGGAGCCAAUGCAGCAAGAAUACUUGCGAAGGCUGGAUGAAUGCCGAUUUCUGGAAGCCCAGUGCCGACGCUUGGAUGUGCAUUGUCAUUUGCUCGAAGAACGAGUCCAGGCCGCCGAGGCAAGUGGUACCAUCCCACGAAACCAGCCCUUGUCAGCACCAAGCAAGACCAGAGCAGAAAGCCAGGUCAAUGGACAGCCUCUCCCACAAAGCCAGUUCAUGCAACCUGGUGCUGGGAGAUUUAUUCCUGUCAACUCUGUCCAACUGGGUUCUGUACUACCUUCGUACACAUCGCAGGGUCCGACUGGAUUGCUUCAGAUGAGUCAAGUGCAGACAGGAAGCACUCCUUCCUUGCCUUUGCAAAGAUCGGUGUCCCUCAUCGUGCUGCCAACCACGACAACGUCUUGGGCACCUGCACCUGCUAUGACCCUGAGCGCGUCUGCGCGCCAGCUUAGCAACGAGGCUGUGUUGAGCAAUCAGCAGUGUGCGAUGCCCGUCCAGAUGCUGCGCUUUUCGCAGGACGUGCGUCGAGUGUCUUCUGAACCACAACUGCUUCACUUUCACUCCGCAGUUUCUGCUGACCCUCGACUUUCCAGAAAAGAAGGCCCACGGCAUGGUGGUGCCAGCACCAUUGACGAGGUUGGACGCGAGAGAGUCCCUCACAUCUCAGGGUUCAAUGCAGUUUCUGCUGUCGCAUUUCAUGCGUCCCAAGAUGCUUGGGGACUGCAAGGUCCGCCAGGUGCGGUUCCUCUCUCCGCAGUUCCUCAGCUUGCCAGACCAGAAGCGUGGCGUUUCGACGGACCUUGCCAGCGUAGGUAA